AGGACUAAGGGAUGUCACAAGUAUUCCUCCUUCUGACCCUGCUCUGUUUCUCCUCCUGCAUCCAGGUGUCAUCUGCUGCAUCCCUCAAAACUUUGAUGGCAAGAUGGAUGAUGUACCGAGAUGAAUGUUUUCUAAAUAUUAGCAGAGAACCACCGAUGACAGGUCUUGUGUGCAACAGAACAUUUGAUAAGUAUGCCUGCUGGCCGGAUGCACUGCCCAAUACUACAGUGAGUGUGGCCUGCCCAUGGUACUUGCCCUGGCACAAGGAAGUCCGACAUGGGUUUGUGUAUCUGGAGUGUGAUGCAGACGGACAGUAUAGCAAACAGAAGAAUGUCAGCGAAUGUCUUUCACGUGACCCCACACAAAUCAACAUGCAACACUACGGACGGAUCCUUAGUCAGUUCCGGACCAUGUACACCAUUGGAUAUUCCCUGUCUCUUGCGGCGCUGGUGCUGGCGUUGGGCAUCCUGGUGGCCUUUAGGAAGCUGCACUGCAUGAGAAACAACAUUCACAUGAACUUGUUUGCCUCCUUCAUCCUGCGAGCCUCUUCUAUUCUCAUCAAAGAUGCCAUGUUGGAAAGGCCUGAUGACUUCCAUGUUGGUCAGGACAUCACCACUGAACUGGAGGUGGAGUGGCUGGUUAAAAAUGAGACGGCGGUUGGCUGCAGGGUUGCAAUGGUGAUGAUGCAGUACAGCAUACUGGCCAACAACUACUGGCUGCUGGUGGAGGGCAUCUACCUGCACAGCCUUCUGGUCGUCACAGUCUUGACGGAGAGGAAUUACUUCGCCAUCUACCAGUGUAUCGGCUGGGGUGCCCCUCUGAUAUUCGUGUUGCCAUGGGUGAUUGUGAAGUACUUGUACGAGAAUGAAGAAUGCUGGGUGCAGAAUAUUAACAUGGAGUACUGGUGGAUUAUUCGUUCGCCAAUCCUGCUGGCCGUGUUGAUUAACUUUUUCAUCUUCAUACACAUCAUCAAGAUCCUCGUGUCCAAACUGAGGGCGCACCAAAUGAGAUAUUCUGACUACAAGUUCCGGCUUGCUAAGUCAACCCUCACCCUGAUUCCGUUACUGGGGAUCCAUUCGGUCCUGUUUUCAUUUGUUACUGAUGAGUCUACCUCACAUGGAGCUCUAUCCCUGCGCCUCACAAAGCUAUUUAUCGACCUAUUCUUCAACUCCUUCCAGGUCAGGAAGUCUAGUGGCAGCAUCAUGGUCCCUCCUUCCAACCUCUCGCGGCUACCUGAUAUCGCUACCACUACCUCCCGGCUCGGCAGUCCAGAAGAGAAGCAGAUGCUGGUGUCCAACAGCCAGAAUGGUAUGGGUACUGGAUUGCAGUUCACCUCCACACCACAAGAUAGUUCCACCUGCAGUUCGAUAACAGAGGACAUAGUGAUGGUGGACAGAGGAAAGUGUUGUAGGGUUCAACGGGACAAUGCCAAGAGCAACCUGUGAGCUCCAGAUGUCUUGCAGAAGAAGACCCUUAGCCCAACCACCCUCGCUUCUUCUGGCUGAGGGCCCUGAAGCAAGGAGCAAGAGGCGUGUGAAUGUGUGCGUGUUUGUGUGUGAGUUUGUGAGAGCACUGUCCUCUCUGAUGGACACAUGAUGGACACCCGUUCAUCACGUUACAUGGUGCUCAGUUGACACUGUCCCAGUCAGACAAGAUCAGCGGUGAGCAGAAGGUGGAUAUGUGUUAAAGAUUUUCACAAAUGUACAUGCUAACAAACUCAAUGAUGAAGAACAGAGUCUUACCUCUAGUCUUAUAUUGCUGUCUGUGAUGUUGAUGAUUUAGUAGAGAAACCCCAUUGGGACUGCAGGGUCCAAGAGGAACCAUCAAAAGCAAACAUCAACCAUUGCCUCUGGAUGAAUGGAAGAUUAAGAAAGAGAUACACUUAACUGAACUUGUCAAAAAGUUAACUAAACCGGGUAAUGCAUUCCAGAGUGCAGAAGCUCCAUUUGAACCGAAGGAACCCCACAUGAAAAGACCAACUUGGACCUGAAUUUCCAUACAGGUUUAUGCUAAUAUGGUGCCGAUGGACCAGCAAAGCCAAAAAUGGGUGAAGCUGAUUGGUCAAGGACAUUCUGCUGGUCAAGUAAGCAGAGAAGCCUUGUGGUGACACCAACACACCAGCAUUUUUUUUUUGCAUAUAUUCUGCAAUCAAUUUACACUUUUGGUUACAUGUAACACGUAAGGCUGUUUUUGUGUAGUUUAAUUAAAACCAUCUUUGUCUUUGUUAGAAAUUAAUUGCCAAGCUAAGGUAUAGAUAUAAACUGAUCAAGUUUCGACAGGUAUUACCCAUGUGCCUUUUUCUGUAGGUCAUAGACCCCAAUAUUAAAACAAAAACAGAAAGAUUCACCUUGCAGAGUAAGUGAAGUACAAAUCAGUCACCCAAUCUUCAGAGGUGAAAGUUGCUUAAAGCAGGUUCUGUAUAGCAAA